GGUACAGCUGAUUCUAUUGCUGUCUUUCUUUUGUAUUUUCAAUGAAGGAGGCAGGGAGAAAUACAAAUUAGCAAUCAAUAUGGCUACAGACUCGGUCGAGGUGACAUGUAACGUCGAGAAGGAGAGAGAGUUAUCCAUUACUGCUUGGAAGAGCGGCAGUGUUCCUGACUUAUCCUUACCUAAACCAUUAAAUCCACUACUACCCAGCACUGAUCGCAGAAACGUUAUCGUUACCAGUGAGUUUUCAUCUAUUAGUGUCACUCCUCAUUUCGGUACAAUUGUCGGUACAGUACUCAGUGCUGAUGUGUGUGCCAGAUAUUACAAGCAGAGAGGAUAUAAUACACUUUAUGUUUCUGGUAUUAGCGAGUUUGGGCCUGAAGUUGAGCUAAAGGCCUUCAAAAAAGAGGCUACUCUGCAAGAAUUCUGCGAUAAAAGUCUUGAGAUUCAUCGCAAGCUUUACAAAUGGUUUCACAUUGACUUUGAUGUCUUUGGUCGUACAAAUACAGAAAGGCACACAAGAAUGACUCAAGGCAUAUUCCAUGAUCUUGUUAAGAGCGGACUAGUCUAUGAAGAGCAUUCAAUGGAGCAGCUGCACUGUCACGCCUGUAACAAGGUUUUAGCAGACGCUAUUGUGAGAGGAACAUGUUCCAAGUGUUCGUAUGCGAAAGCACACGGUGAUCAGUGUGAGGGGUGUGGUCUAUUCCUUACAGCUGCAGUUGAAUUGAAGUUCCCAAGGUGCAAGCAUUGUUCUGAUCCUCCUAGUAGGGAGACAUCCUCCCAUCUUCUACUGAACUUAUCCAAAUUGCAAGAACCUCUUCAUGAGUGGUUCAAGAAAGCUUCAGGCAAUCAAGACUGGUCCAGCAGAGCCCAGCUGCUAGCUCAGUCUUAUAUACAGGAGGGUCUUAAGGAUACUCCAAUCACUAGGGAUCUAUCAUGGGGCGUACCAGUACCUUAUGAUGGAUUUAACAAUAAAGUUUUUUACUCAGUUCUUGAUGAACCUUUUGGGUACAUGUCAGUGACAGCAGGUUAUACUGACCAGUGGGAGAAAUGGUGGAAAAAUCCUAAAGAAGUCCAGCUGCAUCAGUUUAUAAGUAAAGAGAAGAUAGUCCAGCACUCAAUAUUGUUACCAGCGACUCUCAUCGGGUCUGGAACAGAUUAUACACUACCAACAAUUCUAUCAACAACUGAGCCAGUGGGUUAUGAAGAAGGCACUUUUUCACUCAAAAAAGGUUUUGGAGUAUUUGGAGCUGACAUCAUGACUACCGGAGUACCAGCAGACCUUUACCGGUUCUAUCUUAUUAGUAUUCGUCCCGAGACUGAGUACUCUAGCUUCAACUGGUCAGACUUUGCUCUCACAGUCAAUACUCAACUAAUUAAUAACAUUGGGAACUUUGUGAACAGAACUCUUGUUUUUAUUGAGGAUAAUUAUAAAUCGAUAGUACCCGAGCUUCAUCGAACUGAAGGAGUAGUUGAGUAUGAUAUCCAGUUAUUUGCAGAUCUCAAUGGCCGUUUGAAGAGCUACACUGCAUCCAUGGAGAGAUCAGAAUUUAGAAAUGGACUGAAGCAUGUGGUGGGUGUGUCAAAAAUUGGCAGCGACUACAUUAAUAAAGAACAACCAUGGAGACUAAUGAUGAAUGAUAGAAGUAGAGCUGGUACUGUGAUGAACAUCAGUGUUAAUAUAGUCUAUCUUAUAUCAGUUCUUAUACAUCCUUUUACUCCAGCCAUCAGCAAAGACAUACUAAACCAACUAAAAGUGCCAUCAAACAAUAUUGCUAUCCCUGACUUCUUUGCUCCUUUCAUUAAACCUGGCCAUGUUAUUGGAGAACCACGGUCUCUAUUUAUGAGGCUUGAUGAUUCCAUGGUUUCAAUGCUGAAGGACAAACACAGCGGAAAAUAUUUCUUUUGAUGUACUUUAACCUCUAUGGGGUAUAUAUUAUACAAUAAAUAUAUAUGUGAUUGUGUGGAAUAAUAGGAUACUACUGCUGUAGUAUCUAUGGUCUGUGUCUUGACAAUAAUUUUCUAUCAUAAUAAUAAUGAUAAUAAUAAUUAUUAUUUUUUAUACAAGAAAUUAACUGAAGUUCA